GAAACGUUCGAACAGACAAGUUUCGUCAGAGGUCAGCGUUGUCAAUACCUCACAAUCACUCUGCAUUCCAUAAGGAAAGGAAAUCGAGGUAGAGGAAAUCGUGAGGGAAAAUGAAGUACUCGUACAUAAUCAUCAUGGUGUCACUUGUUUGGACGGUGCGUGCUAAACCCAGUCUCGAUUAUGACCAUCAUUUCCAGGAGGCUAAGGGACUGCUGAAUGAGUUGCCGGGGGCAGAGCUGGAGGAGUUUUUCAAGCUUUUCGUCAAAGAGGAGAUGAUGGACUACCUACAAACGGUGCCACCCUCUCUGUCACGAUCUGCUGAUUUCCUAAUGAGCAUCCCGUGUGUGCACUGCAUGAAAAAUUACCUGCGCUGCAAGAAUGUUUGCAAUCAGUUGGUUCUGGAGUCGAACGUUUUCUUCUUUGACCAGUUCGCCUGCUUAUCAGUGUGUUGGCAGAGAGUGGUUUCGUGCUGUGUCGCCUCUUCACGCAGCACAGUGCAGCUCCUCAAUGAAAAUGAGCAGGGUGUAGAUAACAAUGGUACUAGUACGCCUGAGGUACACACGUAAAAGCAUCUUGAUUUACGUUGUUAAAAUAUCUUAUGUUCAUGAGGAUCAAGCACUGUCACCAAGUUUUUUAAUUAUUUCGUUAUAUCAUAAAUGUGUAUAGUAAUGAUACUCGUUCUGUUUGUCAUAUUUAUUUGCUUAUAAAUAAAUACUUUUAAAAUUUUUUUAUCUUAUAUCUAUGUGGCUUUCAUAACAAGCUAAAAUCCUGACCGUUAAUCUUUAGUGUAGUCUUCAGUGUACAAAAAAUGAAUAAACAAAAAUUAACUGCC